AUGAGCGCUCUUGUGACUAGAAUUAAACCUCCACGCCUAUCAAGCCUCCUUCUGCCAAUAUACUGCAAAAGUCAUUUUUCUACAUCGUCGGGUGAAUCCCCCGAACAGUGGCUCCAGAACCUUAACGUUAAAACGCUACCUGUGAAAACCUUUUCCUUCCAGUUUGACCGAUCCAGUGGCCCCGGAGGACAGAAAGUCAAUAAAUGUAAUAGUAAAUGCACCAUGACCAUUUUUAGUUUUUCCACUUGUUCAUGGGUCCCCCAGGAAAUUAGCGAUCAACUGAGAGCCAAGAAAUUCAGGUUCUGGGCCAAGUCAAAAGACUCUAUCGUAAUCCAAUCGGAUGGAAGUCGAAGUCGGGAAACCAACAAACAACUUUGUCUGGAGAAGUUCGUUAAUGAGGUUAAAGCUACUUGCUGGUUCGAAAAGCCUCCAACCAACGAGAGUGUACGAAGGUGGGACACGAUCAGAAGUAAGGCCAGAGAGACACGACUUCGUGAUAAAAAGUUCCAGACCGACAAGAAACGGCUGCGACGUAAAGAUGAGUUUUGA